AUGAAUGCAGGAGAGGAGGAGAGGAGAGGAGGAGAGGAGUGGAGGAGAGGAGAGGAGAGGAGAGGAGAGGAGGAGCGGAGGAGAGGAGAGGAGAGGAGAGUGGAGGAGAGGAGAGAGAGGAGAGGAGAGGAGGAGAGGAGAGUGGAGGAGGGAGAGCGGAGGAGAGGAGAGGAGAGGAGAGGAGAGGAGGAGGAGAGGAGAGUGGAGGAGAGGAGUGGAGGAGAGGAGAGGAGAGCGGAGGAGAGGAGAGGAGAGCGGAGGAGAGAGGAGGAGGGAGAGGAGAGGAGAGAGGAGGAGAGAGGAGAGGAGGAGAGGGAGGAGGAGAGAGGAGAGGAGGAGAGGAGGAGGGAGGAGAGGAGAGGAGGAGGGAGGAGAGGAGAGGAGAGGAGGGAGGAGAGGAGAGGAGGAGGGAGGAGAGGAGGAGGAGGAGGAGAGAGGGGAGGAGAGGAGGAGGAGAGGAGGAGAGAGGAGAGGAGAGAGGAGGAGGAGAGAGGAGGGGAGGAGAGGAGAGCAGGGGAGAGAGGAAGGAGAGAGGAGGAGAGGAGGGGGGGGAGGGGAGAAGAGGAGAGGAGGAGGAGGAGCAGGCGGAGGAGGAGGGAGGAGGAGGAGAGGAGAGGAGAUAGGAGAGGAGAGGGAGGAGGGAGGAGGGAGGAGAGGAGAGGAGAGGGAGGAGUGGAGGAGAGGAGAGAGGAGGAGAGGAGAGGGGAGGAGAGAGGAGAGGAGGAGGAGAGGAGGAGGAGAGCGGAGGAGAGGAGAGGAGAGGAGAGGAGGAGAGGAGAGAGAGAGGAGGAGGGGGAGUGGAAGGAGGAGGAGAGGAGAGAGGAGAGGAGGAGAGGAGAGGAGAGAGGAGAGGGAGGAGAGGAGGAGGAGAGGAGGAGGAGAGGAGAGGAGGAGAGGAGAGAGGAGGAGGGGGAGAGGAGAGGAGAGGAGGAGAGGAGGAGAGAGGAGGAGAGGAGAGGAGGAGAGGAGAGGAGGAGAGGAGGAGAGGAGGAGGAGGAGAGGAGAGGAGAGGAGGAGGAGAGAGGAGAGGAGGAGGAGAGAGGAGAGGAGGGGAGGCGAGAGAGGAGGAGAGGAGAGGAGGAGGAGAGGAGAGGAGAGAGAGGGAGGAGAGGAGGAGGAGGAGGAGAGGAGAGGAGAGGAGGAGGAGAGGGGGACAGGAGGAGAGGAGAGGAGGAGAGGAGGAGGGAGGAGAGGAGGAGGAGAGAGGAGGAGAGGAGAGGAGAGGAGGAGGGGAGGAGAGGAGAGGAGGAGAUGAGAGGAGAGGAGGAGGAGAGGAGGAGGAGAGGAGAGGAGAGGGGAGGAGAGGAGAGCGGAGGAGAGGAGAGGGGAGGAGAGCGGAGGAGAGGAGAGGAGGAGGAGAGGAGGAGAGGAGGAGAGGAGAGGAGAGCGGAGGAGGAGAGGAGAGGAGAGGAGAGGAGAGGAGAGGAGAGGAGAGGA